AUGAUCGAUAUCAAGCCUGUCCUCCCUGCGGAGAUCAUUUCAACGAUCCUUGAUUUUCUGCCUAUACCCGAUCUUAUGAGUUUCGGGCGUACUUCAAAACGAAUGCUGGAAAUGGUAUACGAGGAUUCGAGGUGGGUACAAAGGUUGAAGAUCAUGGGGGUCUGGAAUGAGGGGGAGGCACGGAAGCGAUUCGAAGAGGCCUUGAAAAUGAAGAGGGAGAUGAUGAAAAUAAGAGCGGAGGAGGAAGCCAAACGGACAGGAAUAGGGGUCAAUGGGAAUGCAGGUCUGAGGAAGACGAGCACAACAUUAUUCGAUGCUGGCAUAGAGGAGGAACGACAGAAGAGAUCUAUGGAGAUGGCAGCGAAGGCGAAGCCCUCUUUGGAUGGCUUUGAGACCCUGGCUCUCUCUUCUCCUGCCCAAUCGACACCUGCCCCAAUCACCCGAGCACCGAUGCUUGAUCCUGAAGCGUUACUCAAUGUCUUCUCGGUCGUGAAGUCUGUACGGGGGUCAGCGAGGCAGGAGUUCGGGAGGAUAUAUGCUGCACUGGCACCAUUCUACUAUGAUCUGGCAAAAUCAAGGAGCCAUAUGGACCCGGUAAUUUUCAGAGUCUAUCGGGAUCCCGAACAACAGGCGCAGAUGCUGUCACAUCUACAGGUCUUUGCGCGAAGUGAUUGGGCACAAGGAUGGAGACAGCGAGAGGAGAAACUUACCACUAUGGUGGGGAUAUUCGAAAAUGCCGUUUUGCGAGAAUUUGAGCAAGGUUACGAAGCUUGGGAUAUUGAUGGCAGGAUGCGUCGUUACGCUCAUGUCUUAGGAGUCCUGAAUGGUGGUCAAGCUGGAAUCGAGCUUUUCGUGCAGAAACACCCCAUAUUUUCGGACCGAGAUAUUCUUGGAAACCCCAUGGAUUGCAUCAAUCAUGCUUCAGCUGAUGGUAUAGCUCUUGAACCAUCUCGAGAGUUCUUGGAAAGGCUUGCAGCAAAAGUCAACGAGCAAGGAGCCAUCAUAGACCGAAUUUUCCCUGUUGGACAAGACGUUUUCCAGAUAUUGUUGGAUAAAGUUGGGGAAGACAUCCUCAUGGAGUAUGUGACUCCUCUGUUUGAUGAGGCUCACGAACGGAGCAUACCGUCCUACCUGAAAGGUGUAGCGGGGAUGUUUGAACAGACUCUGCGAUUUGCUGUCACUCUGAAGCCCUCCAAAAGCUCUUGUGCGAAUUUCGCUGAUAAAGUCAUGGCUGUGGUAGCCAGGGUAUUUGAGCCUCAUGUCGACUUGUUUCUUCAAGAUGAGCUGGAUUAUUUCAAAAAGCUCGCAGAGACCGAGGUGGGGAACUGGGAGGAGAAGCUUUCUGCGCAGGAAGCUACGACCGAAUCCUUUUUCAUGGCGAAUUUCAAUCGCCAAGCCGACAAAAAGGACUUCUUGACCUCGUUCAAGAAAGUGGUUAUGAUGCCGGUCAAUGUUCUACCGAGCUUACCGAUUGUGUCGCCAUUUGCAACCAAACCUGUUCCAACUCAGCAAGUAGUGAACCGAUCGAGUCUCCAGGCUCCAGGUUCAGGUUUAUCUCCUGGUCCGUCAAGACCGCAAACUCCGGGCUUGGGUGCAGCCAGUGAUCGGACGUCAACCCCUUUACCGGGGGAGGCGCCGACGGAUGAGUUGGCUGCAAAAGCGGCUCUCAUGGCUUCGAGAAUGGAGGGCAUUCGAUCCUUGUUCAGUAUUGAGGUUGCAUUGGAUCUGACUCACGCCGCGAAAGCAAGCAUUGAACGAGCAGCACUGUUCGUUCGUCUUGGCGGUCAGACAGGGGAAGAGGCAAGAGAGCAAUGUGAAGCUAUUUUCGUCAACCUCCUCCGGAUUCUCGGAGACAGGCAUGUAAAGGGUGGCUUUGACAAGGCGGUGGAUCAUCUCUCGAAAUACAACCCUCGCGAAGUCAGUGAACAUCAACAGGGUGUUGCACCUCUGGUGACUUUCCUGGAGUUGGUCAAUGUUGGUGAUCUCAUCUCUCAAAUGAUAGAUGUCUUCUACGAGCAGCAAAUGGCUGGCCCCAAGUUAUCUGAUCGUAAUGACUUUCUUGAUCCCGCCGUUAAGGCGAAGAAGAAAUUUGAGCAGAUGCUUGACGAGCGUGUCGCAGCUGGACUGAAUAAGGGUAUAGAUGUAUUGAUGGACGAAGUUGAGUAUCUUUGCGCAACCAUCCAGCAGCCCACCGACUAUAAUCCGGCUCCAGCUACAGAUGGGAAAACGCAAGAUUUUGACAUUGGCCCGACCAAAGCGGCGGAGCAGGUUGUUAAUCUUGUUGAGUCACACACCAAAAUGUUGACUGGAAGUACCGACAAGAACAUGCUUGACGUAUUCAACCAAGAGGUUGGAUUGCGCCUGUUCACUGCUUUAUGCAAGCAUCUCAAACGCCAGCGAGUGAGCGUCGAUGGUGCCAUCAAACUCAUUUCAGAUAUGAACCUGUACUUUCUCUACAUCAGGACGCUGAAGAAUUCGGAUCUUCUUGAGUACUUCAAGGCAUUGCGAGAGCUUAGCCAAAUAUAUCUCAUAGAUCCGAAGCACGCGAAGGAGAUGGCAGAGGUGAUAGCUGAUGGCGACCGUUUCCACGGAAUCUUCAGAGCAGAGGAGGUUUACGAGUUUGCAGAGCGGAGAGCGGAUUGGUACUCGGUGAAAAGGGACGUGGAGAGGGCGAUGUAUGGAAUUGGAUGCGUGGCAAUGUGA